AAAGAAAAUAUACACAGAACAAGAAUAUAGUCGACAAAGAAAUAAUAACCUAUAUCAAAUAUAUGAGGUGUGUGUAUAGUAUACAAUAGAGUUGACUGAUGUGCAUAAAAAAUAAAUACAGUCUACUAAAAAAUUUAACUAUUCGAUACUAUAGAACCAAAAAAAUUGUAGCUUAAAUAAUACUGUCAAUUACCGAGUAGGUAAUCGAAUAAUAAAGUUAACUAGUGAAUUUUCUAAGUAUUUUAUCAAAAUAAUGGCGUCAGCGGACAAUGACGAUACAUCAAGUGCCAAAAUAAUCGAAGAUAUUGACAAAUUAACAUUAACUAAAGAUGACAAUCAGUCUGAGGAGAAAAUUAAAAAUAUUGCUGACGAUGACAAAAGUCACAACAGUGAGGAUAGUAAAGGAGCUAAACUAGAUAGCGAACAACAAAAAGAUGAUGAAUUCAAACCUCAUUUAACUGGAUUUGAAAUUCGUGAGCUUUAUAAAAUUGCUUUGAAUUUUUAUAAAGAAAAAGAAGGCAAAGCUGUUCAUCUAUCAUACGAAGACAAAUUGAAACUAGUCGCGUUUACACAACAAGCGACCCACGGAAAAUGUACACCCGAAAACUCCCCCGAACUCGGGGUUCUCGACGUCAUAGGAAAAGAUCGUCGCUUAGCAUGGCAGAAUCUUGGCGACAUAACAAAAGACCAAGCGAUGGAAGGUUUCGUUGUUCUACUCGACAAAUUGUGUCCUUUAUUUCGCACCGUAGUUGAAGCUCAAAAGCGCAAUAUCGAGGAACAGAAACGAUUGAAAAAAGCGGAGGCUGAAAAGAAACUGGACGAUGAGUUACGAGAACAAGAGGCUGCGGAAGAGAAAAAACGCGAAGAAGCUGAGCAGGUACAGCGCGAAUACCAACGUCAUCAGAUACAAGACGCAUUGAAUCAGCAAACUUACUACCAAUUUAAAGCAUACGCAGAGCAGCAGUAUCCGGGUAAUCCGGAGGAACAGGGAGUGCUCAUUCGUCAAUUGCAGGAGCAACAUUACCAUCGUUAUAUGCAGCAAUUACAUCAAAAUCGUUUGAUGAUUGAUGAGUCUGCGGAAUCAGAUAAAAAAGAACGGGAACGAGAACGAGAACGAGAACGAGAAAGAGAGAGAGAAAGAGAACGAGAACGAGAACGAGAACAUCAUGUGGAUGUUAAUGAAUUGAAACCAGAAGUAAACAUAACAAUUAACGAUGAUAACAAAACGGAAAUAAUAAUUGAUGAUAACAGCAAAAGUAUAGAUAAGAAAAAAAUAGACGAUGAUGACAUUGAUGAUGAUGAUAAUGAAGACGAUGAGGACAAUGACGCAAGGCGUGAAAAAAAUAAAAAUGAUGACGAAGAUUCGGACGAUCAGCCGGACUGGCCUCCUAUUGAGCCGCCUAAAAUGUGGACCCGUCCUGGUGUCGAUGAAUUCAAAAAGUUGAUAAGACGUGAAACCGGCGAUGCUGUUAUCAAAAUUGGACAUGGGGAAACUGUCACUGUUCGUGUACCAACGCAUGAAGAUGGCUCCUGCUUGUUUUGGGAAUUCGCUACUGACGGAUAUGAUAUAGGCUUUGGAGUUUACUUCGAAUGGAGCAAGCCGGACACUAACCAAGUUUCCGUGCAUAUUAGCGAGUCUGAGGAUGAUGACGAUGAUGACAUUUACGAUUCGGGUGAAGAUUUGGAGUGCGGACCGGGUAAUGAAGAGAAUAGGACUGAACUAAAGAGUGCCCCAGCUCCUAUUAGUGUUAUUAUACCGAUAUACAGAAGAGAUUCACAAGAUGAAAUUUAUGCUGGAAGUCAUACAUAUCCAGGUCAGGGUGUUUAUCUUCUUAAAUUUGACAACUCUUAUUCAUUGUGGCGUAGCAAAACUCUUUAUUACCGUGUUUACUACACAAGACCUGGUUUCACGAAUGAUUCAUCUUAAUUUAUAUUAUAAUUAUUAAUGAUACCACAAUAUCGCAAUACCACAAACACGACUUUAUUAACGAAUAUUUUUAAAAACUAUUUCUGCUGAAAUUGUAUCAAAUU